AUGGCCGCUCUCGCCAGCUCGCUCAUUCGCCAGCGGCGCGAGGUGAAGGACCCUCAGCAGAACCGGCAGAUCGCCAGCAAGCGCAAGCCCUGCCCCAAAAGCAACAAGUCCCUGUGCCAGAAGCAGAUUCUAAUAUUGAUAUCCAAGGUGCGGUUAUGUGGCAGUCGAGGCAGAAAGAUGGAGAAAAGACCGGAGCCCCAGCUGAAGGGCAUCGUCACACGGCUCUACUGCAGACACGGCUUCUACCUCCAGAUGCUUCCGGAUGGCACCAUGGAAGGCACAAAGGACGAAAGCAGCUCCUUCUUGCAGUUCAACUUGAUUCCUGUGGGGCUGAGGAUAGUGGCCAUCCAGAGCACCAAGACGGGACUGUACGUGGCCAUGAACAGCGAGGGCUACCUCUACACAUCGGAGCACUUCACGCCCGAGUGCAAGUUCAAGGAGUGUGUGUUUGAGAACUACUACGUGACCUACUCAUCCAUCCUGUACCGGCAGACGCAGUCGGGCAGGGCCUGGUACAUCGGCAUCAACCGCGACGGCCAGGUCAUGAAGGGCAACCGCGUCAAGAAGACCAAGGGAGCAGCGCACUUCCUGCCCAAACUCAUCGAAGUGGCGAUGUACAGAGAACCCUCACUCCACGACGUCGCUGAGCAAAGCCCGCCACGGAAAACGCCCAAGACCUCCAGUGACUCUCCGGUUCUCCAAAACGGCAAAAAGGACAAAGAAUUGAAAGAACAUAAAGAUCACAAAGAUCACAAAGAUCACAAAGAACACAAAGAACACAAAGAUCACAAGGAACAUAAAGAACACAAAGAACAUAAAGAACAUACGGAACAUAAAGAACACAAAUCCAAAAGCAAAAGCUCCUCCUAG